UAGGUACCUGCCCUGCUCGGUUGGUGUAGGAGGUUUUGGUUAGGGUUGGUAGGUGGCAAUGGGGGGACUAAGGAAUGGGAAACGUGGUGCCUGAGGUUUGCACGGUCUUGACCAUUGCUGUCGCCGCGCCAGCUCAGGUUAAAACGAGCAGAUACGGCGGUACAAGUUCCUUUUAGCUCGCACAAUUUAUCUCACACAUCUACCAUAAUAAUUUAUGCCGCAUUUCUUCUAUUUUUUUCUUCCAAGUCAACAAACGUUUUCUCUAAAAUUGCUUCGCCUUUUGAGCGACGAACGAUCAAUCACGUAUUGGAACGUAUAUUCACAUAGAAAAAUCACCGCUUUCUAGUGACUCUUUUCUUUUUCAACAGUUGAUUACAAUGGGUUGCGCAAAGCGCAAGAAAACGAAUGGGAAUGGGCCUAAAGGUCGUCGACGUCGCCGUCGUCCAAGAGCCUCGCAGGCGGAGUUUCAGCCGUCGGAAACUUCGGAAACUUCGGCCAAGUCGAUUGAAUCGGGACAAUCUGGUAGCCCCACUCCACGCGCCACUCCAGCCCCACUAGCCCACCAGCCACUGGCAACUGAUGCUAGCCUUAGUCGCGGUACGCGCGAUCUUCCUUCACAAGUUGGACAGUGGCUAGAAGCUCUACCGACGGAGUUUGAGGAAAAUCAAAGUCAAAGUCCAAUUUCUCAUCGAGAACGCAGCACUGCUUCUCCACCAUACUUUGAACUUCCCAAUUCUCCCGAAAAAUCAACUGGUGACUUUUCACUUGGCAAGCAAUCGCCAACUUCGCGCAAAGAAGGCAAGGGAAAGGAAAGGCAGCAGCAAUUGCAACCUGCUGACGCCUCAACCGAAGCUGCUUCCUCAUCCCCAAGCAGUACCGACAGUAUGGCCAGCCAGCAGGGAAAGUGGCGCGAAGAGCAGGUUCUUGUCAUCUGCCCCGGCAGCUUGACUACCAUGGCUCAAUUGGGCUGCGCCGAGCUUACCCCCCCUACUCAUCGCAUUCCCACCCGAAUGUUUCAAGAUCCCCAGACCAAAGAAUACACGCCUUAUCGCAUCUACAAGCGCAAGAAGACCGAUGCCCCCGAAGGUGCUAGUGGCGAUCAAUCAGACGAUGAAUGGGAGUAUGUUGAGGAUCGCGACAGCGUCGAGGGCGCAAUUUAUCCUCUAAAGGCUGGCUGUAUCGUGAACAUGGACGCCUUUCUGGCAUUCAUUGACUAUGUUCAUAGCUUGCUUACGACCACUUAUCACAACACCCCCAUUGUCCUCAUGGGAUCGCCGCAAUGGAGUCGCGGCUGUUGCGCGACGAUUGCACGAUACAUCUUUGAGAAGACCAAGACUCCGGCUCUUUGCUUGAUACACAGUGCAAUCGCGGCACAAUACGGUCUCAAAUGGGCUACUAUGACAGUGGUGGAUAUUGGUUUUGAGAAGGUCGAUAUUACCUGCAUACACGACUACCAAAUCGUUGGUGAGAGCUGCUUGGGUUACCCCAACCAGUUCGGAGACAACUAUGGCGGAGAAGCCUUUACCCAAAAGCUGAUGUCCCUUCUGAAGGACAAAAACUUCACCCACGAGAUGGCUGAACAACUCAAGAAGAGCCCCAUAUGCGAGGUUCUGCCCUAUGCGCCCGACGCAGACGAGCUCAUGGACCUUCCUACGGAAGACGUGACUCUGCCUACUAUCCAGACUACCAGUGCUGAUCCAGCCAGCGCGGAAGCUACUAAGGUAGUUGAGCAACCUAACUCUCUAACCUCACUUGGCGGUGACAUCGAUGACGGUAUGGACGAGGGCCUUGAGGCUGAUGAAGGUGUUCUUGACGUGGCCAACAUUGUUACCAGCGGCAACACACGAGAAUUCCUUGCCAAGAAAGAACGUGAGAAGGCUGAGAAAGCCAAGUUGAAGAAGCAAAACAAGGCCUUGGAGGCUGAGUCCGCGGCUGCGAAGCCAAUUCGAUUGCCUAAUUCUAAGAAGAAGGUCAACACAUUUUUCUACGAAGAAUUAGCACACGAGGACGUAGAGGUCCCGAUCUCGAGCGGCGCUCCCCAGGCGCUUCCCGCGGCUACUACCAAUGGCGAUGCACCCGCCACCAACGCGUCUAUAGCCGAACCUGCGACUAUCAACCAAGAAGCAAAGCCCGAUUCCAAGCUUGAAGGCACUGGUGAUGCAGGCGGCGAUGCAGCAGAGCCCGCAACCACCGCUACUAUCACAGAGCGACGUACGAAGCGCGUACGACGAGAGAUUGAGAUUGGCUUGGAACGAUUCCUCUUCGCAGAUCGCACCGAUAUUGACCGCAUCACGGAUACCCUGUAUCGCACAAUCCAGAGUAUUGAUGAGAGAUACCAACGACAGCCAUGCUGGGAUAACAUUGUCUUUGUUGGUAACGGAAGUCGUCUCCGAGGUCUCAAAGAGAACAUUAUGCAGACCCUUCUCGCCCGUCAUCUCAUCUCGCCUAGUACGGCUACUAUAUUCACCUCUGAGCUACCCUCCAACAUGGCAACGCCGACUGGCACCGGUUCCCAGACCCCUACUGGCUCCUACACAGGCCAGCUCCCGACCACUAGUUCGGUCAACCCGCUACUCCAAGCAGCGACGACGGCUUCGCUCGGUGUACCCGGCGCCGCGCUUGCUUCCGGUUCCACGUCCGGUGAAGUCGUGUCUGGUCACCAUUAUCAUGGACAAACGCCAAUGAGCAUCAAGCAGUGUCCUUUGCCCACUUACCUCGCAGAGUGGAACAAGAAUGGCUAUGAGGAGGCCCAGUUCCUAGGCUCUCUCAUCUGCGGCCGUCUGGCUUAUUGCAUCCAUAACGCGGAUGUCCAGACCCAGGACGCCCAGCGCCAUAUGGCCUUAACCCGCGUUGAUUACAACGAGCUCGGACCCAAGGCCAUCAGAAAGUAUUGCGUCUUCCCGCAUUUGUAAAUCCCUUUUUGUCACCUUGAUGAUGAGGGAGAACGACACGACACGCAUAUACCCGACCCCCCCUCCAUGUCCAUUUCAUGGAUGUAAUGUUUCCAUUGGGGGGUUUUUU